GUCAUACGGCGCAGCCCGGCGCUGGCGCGCGGGCUUUGGCGACUUUGGGUCUCCGCUGCUGCGCGCGUAGGUGUUUGCCUUUGAAAUGCAGCGGGAUUUAGUGAGUUUUCCUUUGUCCCCGUCUGUGCGGGUGAAGCUGGUGUCUGCAGGUUUCCAGACUGCUGAGGAACUCCUAGAGGUGAAACCUUCCGAGCUCAGCAAAGAAGUUGGAAUAUCUAAAGAGGAAGCCUUGGAAACUCUGCAAAUUAUAAGAAGAGAAUGUCUCACAAAUAAAACGAGAUAUCCUGGUACAGCUGAGUCAGGCAAGAAGUAUACAGCACUGGAACUUCUUGAGCAGGAGCAUACCCAGAACUUCAUAAUUACCUUCUGUUCAGCAUUAGAUAAUAUUCUUGGGGGUGGAAUACCCUUAACCAAAACAACAGAGAUUUGUGGUGCACCAGGUGUUGGAAAAACACAAUUAUGUAUGCAGUUGGCAAUAGAUGUGCAGAUACCAGAAUGUUUUGGAGGAGUGGAAGGUGAAGCAGUUUUUAUUGAUACAGAGGGAAGUUUUAUGGUUGAUAGAGUGGUAGACCUUGCUACUGCCUGUAUUCAGCAUCUACAGCUUAUAGCAGGAACACAGAUGGCAGAAGAGCACCCAGAAGCUUUGCAGGAUUUCACUCUUGAAAAUAUUCUUUCCCAUAUAUAUUAUUUUCGUUGUCAUGACUACACAGAGUUACUGGCACAAGUUUAUCUCCUUCCAGACUUCCUUUCAGAACACCCAAAGGUUCGAUUAGUGAUAGUGGAUGGUAUUGCUUUUCCUUUUCGUCAUGACCUAGAUGACCUAUCCCUUCGUACUCGAUUACUGAAUGGCCUAGCCCAGCAACUGAUCAGCCUUGCAAAUAAUCACAGAUUAGCUGUAAUUUUAACCAAUCAGAUGACAACAAAGAUUGAUAGAAAUCAGGCUUUGCUGGUUCCUGCAUUGGGGGAAAGUUGGGGACAUGCUGCUACAAUACGGCUAAUCUUUCAUUGGGACCAAAAGCAAAGGUUGGCAACAUUGUACAAAUCACCAAGCCAGAAGGAAUCUACAGUACUAUUUCAAAUCACACCUCAGGGAUUUCGAGAUGCUGUUGUUGCUACUGAAUGUUCAUUGCAAACAGAAGGUUCAUUGAAUUCCCGGAAGAGGUCACGAGACUCAGAGGAAGAACAGGAAUCCAAAGACUAGUCUCAAAGUAUACAUAUAUAUUGAUGCUAUGAGAGAUGCAAUGUAUACUGGUAGUCGACUCGUUACUUUGUAAUAUAAAUACACUAUGGCAUGAAUGAAUCAGGUCUAUAUUAAGUGAAUGGGAAAAAUACUUAACAGAUAUGAUUCUUUGAGUUUUUCUAAAGCAGUGUUCUGCAGUUAUAUUUUGCCCUGUUUUCAUUUUUAGUAAUAUUCAGUAGAGAUGAUAUGGGUAUUAUAUUUUGCAGAUGUGGAAAGCUGAUCUCAUGUGACCAAUCUGAGCUUACGAUUCAGACUGUUUUUCGCUCCUUUCUUUGCCAGUUGCCUAGACAUUUCUAGGAAGAAAACAUUUCUUUCACAUUCCUAUUAUGUCUUCCUCUUUAAGUGUAGCUUUGAUAAUCUUAAAAAUGACCUGUUUCUAUUAUAAAGAAAAGCCAGCACCAUGAGUCAGCGUAUCAUUACAUUCAGUAUAUGGGUAGGAUACAAAUUUUAAAUGGCCAGUCUGAUUUUAGUGACCCCCAAUCCUAAAAUCUAAGUCAUUUGUUUAUUUUUUUAAUACCAUUUUAUAAUGUUAAAGGAAGGACUUUGGAGUUGUUAUCCCAUGUAAAACAUUGACUGGAAUGUAUAUCUUCCAGAAUAGUCAGGCUGAUAAGCUCACAGUCAUUUAUUUCUGUAUUUUUGAAGCAUGGUGUGAUCUAGUUCUAGGUGUACUGAAUUUUUGUUUGAAUAAUCUUAACACUGCUUGAAUAAAUUAAAAAUUUUGAUUCUUCGGUGAUUUCAAAAUCAUCUAAAAAUGUUUGGUACCUGAUUCUUCUUAAUAUUUCUUAAUUCGUUUACAACAUUUACUUUCGCUCUCAGUGGAAGAAAAUUAUUUAAGUAAUUUAAUGUUAUAUAUUGUGACAACCGUAUUUUCCAGAUUUUAGUGACAGGUGCUAUUUCCUGUACCAGACUGAACACUAAAUUCAUAAAAUGUUUAUAAUAUAAUUUUUCUGUAAUUGAUUAUACAUAGACAAAAUCAUAGUUUGCCAGGACUUUUUUGAAGGGUGAAAGUAGGCACUGCUAACAGUUACACCAGGACAUGGACAUAAAUCAAGACCGUCCCAGGCAAAUCAGGCGUAUGGUCAUCCUAAUUAUAUAAGACUAAUUUCAAGUGACUAGUAUAGGCUGACUAAUUGUAACUAUCUUAUUUUUGAGGGCUUUAAGGCAUAUAUUUUUAUUAUAAUUAAUGCCGUCAGUAUAAAAAAUUACCUAUCAUUUUAUAUUAGGUCUAUUCAAAUCAUAACAUCAAGAGAGUAAGGGGGUUGUUAAGUGAUAAAUAUUAGUGUUACCAGACAUUAGAUACUGUAGGAGUUUAUUUUAUAAAGCAUUUGAACACUGUACUUUAAAAGAACUAUAGGACCCUGAAUAUAGACAAAGCAAAGUAUAUUUCUUUUUGUUUGCAACUCUUUUAAAAUAAAAUUUACAUAUCAUUGCCUUU